UGACGCCGCGGAAGGGCAGUCCCGCCGGGCAUGGCCGGGCCCGGCCCCGCCGAGGCGGCCGGCAGCGACCCGCUGGCCGCAGACCUGCGCUGCAGCCUCUUCGCCGCCGCCCUGCAGAGCUACCGGCGGGACUCGGCCCUCCGGCCCUUCCCGGGCCGAUACGGAGGCGGCGGCAACAAGGACUUCGAGGGGCUGCUUGCAGAUACCAAUGCUCUCCCAAGCCUGAAAGAACUCUUGGAGUCUGUUCCAAACACAGAGAAAAGGAUCUGGGAUUUGUUUAGUUGGAUUUUGUCAUCUAAGGUCUUCAGGAUACAAAGUACUAAGAAACAGGAGUAUGAGAAGAUCCAAGAACUCACAGGGAUGUCUGGGGCUGCAGUUCCUGCUCCAGACUACCUCUUUGAGGUAGUGUAUUGCGAUCAAAUGAACGCCAAGUUUGCCGAGACCAAGGGGGAGCGGGACCUCAUCUAUGCCUUCCAUGGGAGCCGCCUCGAGAACUUCCAUUCCAUACUGCACAACGGCCUGCACUGCCAUUUGAACAGGACAUCCCUGUUUGGUGAAGGUACAUAUCUUACCAGUGACCUGAGCCUGGCGCUCCUUUACAGCCCUCAUGGCCUUGGUUGGCAGCGAAGUGUGUUGGGCUCUAUCCUUAGCUGUGUAGCUGUUUGCGAGAUCAUUGACCACCCAGAUGUAAAGUGUCAGGUGAAAAAGAAAGAUUCAGAGCAAAUAGACAGAAAGAGAGCAAGAGUGAAAAACAGCGAAGGGGGUGAUGUGCCACAGAAAUACUUCGUCGUCACUAACAACCAGCUUUUAAGAGUUAAAUACUUGCUAGUAUAUUCACAGAAACAGCAUAGGAGGCCUUCCAGUCAAGCUUCCUGGUUUUACACCCACCGUUUUGCCAUAAUGAUGCUGCUGUACCUGCUGCUGCUAAUAGUGAUAGGAGCCAGCAACUCGCCAACCUUCAUCUACUACUGGCACAGAAUGUUUGACUCUGAGAGAUGAAUUGCCCAAGGUGAUAAACGUAUUUUCACCACGUGCCUUAAUAAUAGCCAAUCUGCAAUGCACUGCAUCUCUUCCAGAGCUCUGGAAAUAAAGGUGCCUGGAGCUUUCGAGUUCCAUCACUGAUAUAUUAUCCUCAUGGCACCUUUUCAUUUAUUCUUAUUUCUGUGUUCCUGUGAUUCAUGGGGGUGCCCAGUACAGCUGAAAAGGAUCACAGCUGUGCAGCUUAGUAUGAACCAGUUGUUAAGGGUCCACGGGAAGAAGUUAUUUAAAAUUAAUGAAAAUGAAGCAUGGAAACACUCAGGUGUAACCAGUUCUGUCAGGCUGAGCUAUGUUUGCACUAGUUAGAAAGGAGAAUUUUUCUGUAUGUCAGGCAAAACAACCUGUAGAGAGUCUCACCAGUUUGUUCUCAAAAACUGCAGUUAGUGGUGUUUCACCUCUAUAUAUGGAGGUGAGAUACUUUUAGAAGUAACUUUGGCCAGGAAUUUUUAUAUUUGAGCAUGAUUGUAAGGAAACAACGAGAAAUAAAACAACCACCAAAAUGAAAGAAGUAGUUUCUAGUAUGAUUCCUUCCCCUCCCCUGUAAAACACUGAUAAGGUUUGUGCUCUCAGCCAUGAUCUGCCUUAUCCUUGGUUAGUGUGUAGACCAGACAAACUCAGGCCCUUCAGCAUCGGUACUGAACGAGGAUUAUUCCUUGUUUUUUCUAACCUUCUUACUGAACAUUGGAGAUUUGUUUUAAAAACACAAGUACAGAAAUCACAGAAUGGUUUCAAAUGUGCAAGCUGGCUGUGGAACAUAAGGAAGGAAACAUUCUCCUCCUCGUCAGAGUCCUUUGUAUUUGCUGUUGUUACAAAGCAACCUGAAACUGAAAAAGGAGGAAAGACUGUCCUGCGAUGGGUGACUUGGCAUGGGAUUAACAUGACAAAUAGCCCAGGGAUUCUGGGCAAAGAAAAGCCAAAUAUGUGCUACAGAUGAAGCUUGCAGUCUGGCUUUUAGUAGUAGACUUGAUAAACACAGGUUUUUAUUGCACAGUGAACCUUAACCACAAAAGAGAAAAUCUCAUCACAUAUUUCCAGCAAAUGAGUCUAUGAUUACUACCUUACUACUUAAAUAUUUCAAAGAAAAUACCUUCUUUCUCUGAUGUUGUUUGACACCUAAUUGCCAGAAAUAAUGACCUGGUAAUCAUGUUUUCUAACUCAAGACUGAGAACAAGUUUGUCUACAGAAACCCCUCUUCUUGGUGGAUGGAGCUAGAAGCAUUUAUUCCAGUUAAUUUUGCUGCCAGGACAAAUUUAUUUAUUCGCCAUACAGCUUGCAAAACAAGAACAUUAUAAUCCAAUUCCCCGUUGUCUUUUACAGUCCAUUAAUAAUGCUCACUGUAACAGCACAUUGCAUUGCCUCAGCCUAA